UGUACGGAAGUAGUAAUGAAUACUAUUCAUGACAUAUCUAAUGGACAAGAGCCAUAUCCCGUUAGUUUAGUGUGCGAUAAUAUUAAUGAACUGGAAGAAUCAAAACGAGAGCAUCAAAAAUACGUCCGACAUUCCAUUCUGUCAAAUGGAACACCAUUGCCUCCAUAUUAUGAUGGAUGUGAUUGCACCGACAACUGCCAAUCCGAGAAUUGCGGAUGCAAGGCAACUCACGGCUUUUUCUACGAUAGCCAAUCCUUACGAACACUAAAUCCGAUUUUUCUUUCACCGUCUCGCAAUCUUCCGGCUCACUCUACUCCAAGAUUGACCCAAAGAGGUCUCACGACACCUCUGGAAGUAUUUUCUACUGGUGCGCGGGGAUGGGGCGUUCGUGCUGUGGAAAAGAUUGUCAAAGGGCAGUUUGUAUGCGAAUAUGCCGGUGAGAUUAUUAACACCGAAAAGGCAAGGACCAUAUGGAAAACAAAUACAGAAGGCAAGAAGAAAAAUUACAUUUUUUGCUUAAGGGAGAUCUUGCAUGACCGUAUUCAGCGAACGAACAUCGACGCUACAACUUUUGGUAAUGUCGCGAGAUAUUUCAAUCAUUCAUGCGAGCCCAACAUGCAAAUCCACAUAAUUCGCGUCGACUCGAUCAUUCCUGUUAUUGGCUUCUUUGCCAAUAGAGAUGUUCUUCCAGGCGAAGAGUUGUGUUUCGAUUAUGGAGGUGAAGGAUAUGUUAGAGAUGUACAAGAGAGAAUGAAGGAAGAAACGAAGAACAAAAAUGUGGCUUUAACCAAAUGUUUAUGUGGGAGCGAGAAAU